AAUUAGCUAUUAAGCUCUAUAUUACUCACAAUGACUAGAAAUUUUAUUUUCGUUUUUACCCCCCAAACUAUUUUAAAUUGCAAUAUCUAUGUAGAUAUAAAGAAGGAUAUGUAUUCUACAUUGCAUAUUUUUUACUUUUGUUUCUUUACCUUCUCUUCAGCUGUCAGGUUUCUUCGAUUUGUUGAUCUACUUUGUGUGAGACAAGAAGGUGUCGAUACUUGUUCUUGAGCUAAUUGAGGUCACUGAUGAGUGACUCACAGCUGAAAAUUCUUCGUUUGGGAUUCUAGAGAGAGAAAGUAGGGAUUCUUGUUGUGAGAGACGGGUCUGUGAAGUGAUGAACAGAGAUUGUUAGGGGUUUUGAGAUAUAUAUAUGUAUGUCUGUAUAUGAUUGUUGUGGUGGGUUUGUUGAGUUUUCUCUGAUUUGUUUGGAUUUGAUAUGGGUGGGUGUUUCCCAUGCUUUGGAUCAUCAAACAAGGAAGGGAAUGGGGCGAAAGAAGUGGCAAAAAAGGAUUCUGUGAAAGAAAGUUCAGCUGCUCACUCUGAACAUAUAAGCAGACUUAAUUCAGACAAAUUGAAAUCUCAGGGUGGUAACGAUUCUAAAAAGGAACCAGCAGUUCCAAAGGAUGGACCAACAGCACAUAUUGCUGCGCAAACCUUUACAUUUCGUGAGCUAGCUGCUGCAACAAAGAACUUUAAGUCGGAGUGUAUGCUAGGUGAAGGUGGUUUUGGACGUGUUUAUAAAGGUCGCUUGGAAAGCACAGGACAGGUAGUUGCUGUGAAACAGCUUGACCGAAAUGGCCUUCAAGGAAAUAGAGAAUUUUUGGUGGAGGUUCUCAUGCUUAGCCUCUUACAUCAUCAAAAUCUCGUCAACUUGAUUGGUUACUGUGCGGAUGGGGAUCAGCGUCUCCUUGUUUAUGAAUUCAUGCCAUUGGGAUCUUUAGAGGAUCAUUUACAUGAACUUCCACCAGACAAAGAGCCUUUAGACUGGAAUACAAGGAUGAAGAUUGCUGCUGGUGCUGCUAAGGGAUUGGAAUAUUUGCACGACAAAGCGAACCCUCCUGUGAUAUACAGAGACUUAAAAUCGUCCAACAUCCUUCUUGAUGAGGAUUAUCAUCCUAAGUUAUCAGACUUUGGACUUGCGAAAUUGGGUCCUGUUGGUGAUAAGACUCAUGUAUCGACACGGGUGAUGGGAACAUAUGGUUAUUGUGCUCCCGAAUAUGCCAUGACUGGUCAGCUCACUUUGAAAUCUGAUGUUUAUAGUUUUGGAGUCGUCUUUCUUGAAAUUAUUACAGGGCGCAAGGCUAUUGACAACACCCGGCCUCAAGGAGAGCAGAAUCUUGUUGCAUGGGCACGGCCACUUUUCAAGGAUCGCAGGAAGUUUCCCAAAAUGGCCGAUCCACUGCUGCAAGGUCGAUAUCCGAUGCGAGGACUUUAUCAAGCACUAGCUGUAGCAGCCAUGUGUUUGCAAGAACAAGCUGCGACAAGACCGCUAAUUGGGGAUGUUGUGACUGCUUUGACAUAUUUAGCCUCCCAAAUUUAUGAUCCAAAUGCAGCCAAUGGCCAAAGUAACAGAGUUGGCCCAUCGACUCCUCGGAGCAGGGAGGAUCGGAGGAACAUGGCAGAUGGGCUAGAUAGCCCAGAUGGCCGCCAUAGUUCUCCUUCCACCCAUAAAAACUCUCCUGAUUUCAGAAAAAGAGACUCACUCAGGGAAUCAAGCAGUGGCGCAGAGUUGAGAAGGAUUGAAACCAGUGGUGGGUCAGGGAGGAAAUGGGGUUUGGAUGAAUCAGACCGUCCUGAUUCUCAGAGAGACAGCCCUGUCAGUGCUGGUAGAGCUAGAGAAACUCCAAGAAAUCGAGAUCUAGACAGAGAACGAGCAGUUGCAGAGGCGAAAGUGUGGGGUGAGAAUUGGAGAGAGAAAAAGAGGGCUAAUGCAAUGGGUAGCUUUGAUGGUACAAAUGAUUGAUUGCACUGAAAUUCCUAGGCAUUGUCACCGAGUCUUCUACAAACAAAUGUAUGUUCAGAGGCUAUCAUGAACAUGAGGUGAAGUCUGCAGAUACAUCAUCAUUCACUGUCAUGGUUUCUACGUUCAUUCAUGGAAUAAGAGUUCUUUUAUCCUACUUUGACCGGUGUUGGAGAUGCAGUGUUAAAGGAGUACUUGGAGGAGGGAAAAAGGAGGGGGGGUUUACUGUUGCACCAUGUUAGUAUUAUGUAUUUUUGGGCUUUUUGAAAAGUUCAUGAUACAGAAGAAAAUGUGGGAAGAUGUCUAAUUUUUGCUCCAUAUGUUGUCUUGUAUAUGGGGAAACUUGGUGGGUUUGAUUUGGGUUAUCUCAAUUGGUAUGUUGGUACAUCCAGUAUGGUUAUAUAGGCCCAUUGUGUAUGUUUUUCUCUGAGUUGGUCAUGUUUUUUUCUUAUACAAAGAAGUUUGACCAUCGUAGAGCAAUGUCUUUAUGUAUGUGCAUUUUUGGUUGUUAUGAACGUGUACGAGAACCGAUGUUCUGUAAAGCUUAUAACAUGAAAACUGUCCCAG